CGAAAUGUCCUGCCAGCAGAACCAGCAACAGGGCCCGCCCCCUCCCCAGUGCCCCCAGCAGUGCCAGCCGCCGCCCAAGUGCCCCCCGAAGUGUCCCCCCAAGUGCCCCCCGAAAUGCCCUCCUAAGUGCCCGGCUCCGUGCCCGGCCCCGGCCUCUUGCUGCGGUUCCAGCUCGGGGGGCUGCUGCGGUUCCAGCUCGGGGGGCUGCUGCGGUUCCAGCUCGGGGGGCGGCGGCUGCUGCCUGUCUCAUCACCGCCCUCGUCGCUCCCACCGGCUGCGGCACCGGAGCCGGCAGGAGUGUGAAGAUUCCGGCUCCGGCUGCUGCCACGGCUCCGACUCCGGUUGCUGCCACGGCUCCGGCUCCGGCUGCUGCUGACGGGGGUCCCCGCCGCUGAACGACCCCCGAGACCCCUGCAGACCAAGGACCAGGACCCCAGCAGCCCCCGCCCCCAGCUCAGCCUGCUGCCCCUCUUCUUUCUCCAUCAGCUGGUUCUAAAGCCCCGGACUUCUCCCCGACAAACGAUGCUUAAUCCCCGGGGUCCAGCCCCCUCUCCAUUCUCCCCCGCAAA